AUGGCUGUCCGCGCCCAAUUUGAAAACUCCAACGAGGUUGGUGUCUUUUCCACACUCACAAACUCAUACGCUCUCGUCUCCCAAGGAGCCAGCGAAAACUUUUACAGCGUCUUCGAAGCCGAGCUGCAAGACGUCAUCCCCAUUGUGCGCACUACCAUUGCCGGCACGCGCAUCAUUGGCCGCCUCACCGCGGGUAACCGCAAGGGUCUGCUCGUGCCCACGACCACCUCGGACCAGGAGCUGCAGCACCUGCGCAACUCCCUGCCCGACUCGGUGCGCAUCCAGCGCAUCGAGGAGCGUCUGUCCGCGCUCGGCAACGUCAUUGCCGCCAACGACCACAUUGCCCUGAUCCACCCUGACCUGGAGCGCGAGACCGAGGAGAUUAUUGCCGACGUCCUCGGUGUCGAGGUCUUUCGCCAGACUGUCGCCGACAACGUCCUCGUCGGCUCCUACAUGAGCCUCUCCAACCAGGGCGGCCUCGUCCACCCCAAGACCAGCAUCCAGGACCAGGACGAGCUCUCCAGCCUGCUCCAGGUGCCCCUCGUCGCCGGCUCCGUCAACCGCGGCAGCAACGUCGUCGGCGCCGGCAUGGUCGUCAACGACUGGCUCGCCGUCACGGGCCUCGACACCACCGCCACUGAACUGUCCGUCAUCGAGAGCGUCUUCCGCCUCGGCGACGGCAACGGCCCCAGCAACAUCAACACCAACAUGAAGGACACCAUGGUAGAAAGCUUCUACUAA